GUAAACUAUUUUUCUUUCCUUAAAGGUAGUAUUAUAAUUAAUAUAUUAAAAUACUAUAUCCUCUAUCUAGUAAGAUUUCUUAAAUAUCUAUUACUUCUCUAUAGGGUAUUUUAUAUAAGGCUUUCUAUAAGCUAG